UCACACUGUCAGCAGGGCUGUGGAAGGCAUGCCGGCUUCCCUUCUUUUCCCCAUCUCUAACAUGUAAAAAGGGGGUGAGGUGGGGUGGGGAUCUGUUUGAGUAAAUCCUAGGUCACUGACCCCCAGCCGCUCCAGCAGCACUGCCCACAGCUCUGGGGCCCUGGGGCUCCCUGCUCUGCUGUUGGUCGGUGCUCAGUUCCUGAUCCCUGAACAGGCCGUGGGGAUGCAGUUGCAAAGAGGAGAAGUCAUCUGCUGUCACAUCGUAGGCUCAGCUGACGAAUGGCUUGUCCCAGCACCGUGCUCCUAGGACUGGGGGCUUUGAUCCCCUGUCAUGUGGUUGCUUCUUUCCUGUGAAGAGGACAGAGAAUGUGCAGCCAGUCCUGGACCCUUGGCAGAGGAAACAAAAGUGGAAAAGUUCUGCCUUUUUGCCAUGGCCAUUCAGAGAAUCUGUGGCAGGGAAGUUCCCAGGAAAAAGCCUCUUGCCCCUCAUCUGAGAUUUUUGCUUGGAAGAUUAACUCAAAGCAGGAGGGGCCAAUCUGUCUACAUUCUGAAUACAGCCCUCUGCAAGACCCCCAUAACAGAUCCUAGGCCCAAGUCCACCGUGCUACCGUACCUCUGCCCUUCCCCAGACAUCACUCUGGGGUCUACCUGAGGCCAGCAGUGUGAAGAUGACCAGCACGUUCCUAGCAUGACGACCUUGGACCAUGUGAUCGCCACCCACCAGUCAGAGUGGGUCUCCUUCAAUGAGGAGCCUCUCUUUCCUGCCCCGUCCGAAGGGGGCGCCAAGGAGCAUCUCCCAGGACUGUCAUCGUCCUCAGUCCAGUCUGAGAGCUCCUCUGGGGAGAACCAUGUGGAGGACGGAGGCUCUCAGGACCUCUCCCACUCAGAGCAGGAUGACUCCUCUGAAAAGCUGGGCCUCAUCUCUGGAGCAGCCUCCCCUCCUGGGACCCCUGAGCAUCCCCCAGCUGACCUAGCCUCAGCCAUCAGCAGCUGGGUCCGAUUUGAAGAUGACACACCCUGGCCCAGCACGUGUCCACCUCAUAAGGAAACAGCCCUACCAUUGGCCAUGCCCUGUUGGACCUGCCCUUCCUUCGACUCCCUGGGGAGAUGCCCUCUGACCUCCGAGAGCAGCUGGACCACACAUUCUGAGGACACCAGUAGUCCUAGUUUCGGCCCCUCGUACACAGAUCUGCAGCCCAUCAAUGCUGAGGAGCAGCCAAGUGGCAGGGCUUCGGGGGCCGACUCAACUGACGAGAGGACGGAGCGGCAGACAGGCUGGCAGACUGCGGUGAGUCCUGUUCAAGCAUGCACGGAGCUUACCUCUACCUGCACCCACGACCCGGACCCCUCCCCACCUGGCGAGGGUCUGGAGGGGGCCUCUGCUCCCGAGGACAAUUCUUCCUCACUCCAGGAAGAUGAAGAGGUAGAAAUGGAGGCUGUCGGCUGGGAGGCCAGCAGUCCAGCCAUGAAUGGACAUCUUGCCACUCCAGUGACCUCUGCUCGUUUCCCAAGCUGGGUCACUUUUGAUGACAAUGAAGUCAGCUGCCCUUUGCCACCAGUUACCUCUCCUCUGAAGCCAGUCACACCACCUAUUGCACCUUAUAACUCAACUGGGUCAUUUAAAAAGAGGGAACGUCCCAAGAGCACUUUGAUGAACUUCCCCAAAGUCCAGAAGCUGGAUAUUUCCACCCUCAACCAUCCACCUUCCAUACCCGAGGCUCCCCCUUGGAGGGCAACUAAUCCUUUCCUGAAUGAGACUCUACAGGAUGUACAACCCUCCCCUAUCAACCCUUUCAGUGCUUUCUUUGAGGAGCAGGAGAGGCGCUCCCAAAAGAAUUCCAUUUCCAGUACCACCGGCAGUGGCCACAGAGACUCCCUCAUCGUCAUCUACCAGGAUGCCAUCAGUUUUGAUGGCUCAAGCAAAAACCAGUCACACUCUGAUGCUGUCGAAAAACUCAAACAACUCCAAAUUGAUGACCCUGAUCACUUAGGCAGUGCGACACUACCUGAUGAUGACCCAGUAGCCUGGAUUGAACUAGAUGACCACCCGCUUGGCUUGGCACUGUCUCAGCCCAGGGACGGGUGGCCAAUGAUGCUAAGGAUCCCUGAGAAGAAAAACAUUAUGUCCUCCAGGCACUGGGGACCCAUCUACAUCAAACUGACAAAUAGUGGUUACCUGCAGCUGUAUUAUGAGCAGGGUCUAGAAAAACCAUUCCGUGAGUUCAAGCUGGAGAUGUGCCAUGAGAUUUCAGAACCCCGGCUCCAAAACUACGACGAGAACGGAAGGAUCCACAGCUUGCGGAUAGACCGUGUCACCUACAAGGAGAAGAAGAAAUACCAGCCCAAACCUGCUGUGUCCCACAGCGCAGAGAGGGAACAAGUCAUCAAGCUGGGUACCACCAGUUAUGAUGACUUCCUGAGCUUUAUCUGUGCAGUUCAGGACCGUCUCAUGGAUCUGCCUGUGUUGUCCAUGGACUUGAGCACAGUGGGCUUGAACUACCUUGAAGAGGAGAUCACGGUGGAUGUCAGGGAUGAGUUCUCUGGCAUUGUGAGCAAAGGAGACAACCAGAUCCUCCAGCACCACAUCCUGACACGGAUCCACAUUCUGAGUUUCCUCUCUGGGCUUGCAGAGUGCCGUUUGGGCCUCAACGAUGUCCUUGUCAAGGGGAAUGAAGUAGUUUCUCGGCAAGACAUCAUGCCCACCACCACCACAAAGUGGAUUAAGCUCCAUGAGUGCCGUUUUCAUGGGUGUGUGGAUGAGGAUGUGUUCAACAACUCACGGGUUAUUCUGUUCAACCCUUUGGAUGCAUGCCGUUUUGAGCUAAUGCGGUUCAGGACAGUAUUUGCCGAGAAGACGUUGCCUUUUACACUCAGGACAGCAGCGAGCAUCAAUGGGGCAGAGGUGGAGGUACAGAGCUGGCUUAGGAUGUCAGCUGGCUUCUCCUCUAACCGUGACCCUCUCACUCAGGUUCCCUGUGAGAAUGUGAUGGUCCGUUACCCUGUGCCCAGUGAGUGGGUGAAAAACUUGCGCAGGGAAAGUGUCCUGGGGGAAAAGUCUUUGAAAGCCAAAGUGAACCGGGGGGCAAGUUUUGGCUCCACCAGUGUAUCUGGCUCUGAGCCUGUCAUGAGAGUAACCCUGGGAACUGCCAAGUACGAGCACGCCUUCAACGCCAUUGUGUGGAGGAUAAACCGACUGCCUGAUAAAAACUCAGCUUCUGGUCACCCACACUGUUUCUUCUGCCACCUUGAACUUGGCUCUGACCGGGAAGUGCCUUCCAGAUUUGCCGAACACGUGGAUGUCGAGUUCAGCAUGCCCACGACUUCCGCCUCCAGAGCCGCUGUAAGAUCCAUCUCCGUGGAGGACAAGACUGACAUCAGGAAGUGGGUCAAUUACUCUGCACACUACAGCUACAAGCUACAGGAGUUGAUGAAGCGGAUAGGAGUAAAGUUGGGACACAGGACCUGGUUACUGGGCAUUAAAGGGCAAAACUCAAAAGCCAAGCAAGCUUCUGGAAUAGUGGAAAUUGAGCAAAAAAAGAGUUUGAAGCCGGACUUUGAAGGAGAUGAGAUGGAAAAUCCCAAGGAGUGUGGGGUCCAGUGAUGAAGCCCUCCUGCACAGGGUGCUAACUCAAGAGUCACGAUAGGAUGUCUUCCUGAAUAGCUGAAGUUCAAGUCAGUACCUACCAUGGCUGCUUCAUGCUAGGAAUAGUGUGUUGGACCUUCCUGGUCGUAGUUACCUGUAUUUUAACAGGAAACCCUGAGAUGGUUGCUCUGGAAAGGCUCUGAUCAUGCCUGAAGCACCUGGUUUACCUGACUUUUGGAGUUCAUGGUAUAAUUAAGCCUCUUUCUCUCUGCUUUUCUCACAGCAUGUGGUUGUGGUUUGGUGGGACUGUUAGAGUCAGGAAAAGAACCUCCCACAUCACUGUUGGCAUGAUUACCUUCUGAUGUUCAUUGGUCACUUAUAUGAAUUUAUGGAAAACAAUCUUGAGAAGCUACUUAGCUAAGAAUCCAUCUCUGUCACUCUCUCUAGAAAAGAUUCAGAAAAGGUACCAAACAAAUCUGUUUGGGUGUACAGUAGGCCUUUCGUAGGUGUCUGCAUUCUUUAAACAUUAAUACUAUACAAUGGAAAUUUUUGUGACUGAAACCCUUUUUCCAUCUCUCUAAAAUUUCAAUCCCAGGGUUCAGAUCCCUGAGUCACAAUAGAAAUGGAGAAAAGGCACCAUAGGAUACAUUUUUAUUCAGUGAUAAGCCCCACAUUCGGCAAAGGGUGGCUGUUAAAGGGAAGGCAAAAUUGAGCUUAUUUUACUUCAUUCUGGGGAAAAGGGACAAUAAAAUUGUAAGAUUAUAUCCAAUUCAGGAGACAGCAUCAAUCUCAGUGAAUUCCCAAAUUCACACUGAAAAACAGGCCAUUUCUGAUUCCUGAAACAAUUGCAUUUAUAUUAUACCUCAGACAUUUGUCAGGGGCAUUUGGAAGCUCGUUUUAUACUUCAUAGCCAAAAGACAGUUGCAUGUCUCUUUAACUCAAAUUUUAUAGGAUAUAUAAAUGAAAAGGUCAUUUUAAAAGCUGUUUGAAAACCAAGCUUGUAUGAGCUUUUCCCCAAAAUUCAGAGUUUGAUCAUCACACUAUUGUAAUUGAUCUAAAAGGCAGAAGACUCUAGGGUAGAGAUGGGGAGAGGUCAUAUUUUUCUAAUGUUGGAAACAUUACAUCCUGAUUCCAAGAGUCUAGGACACCCCAUCUUCUUUCCCUUCAUCUGUUCCUCCUCGCCUACUGUACCUCUGCUUCUUAAUAUACCUUGGUGUUUUCUUAUCACACCUAAACCAUCCCAAAGGGGAUACCUGCUCAACAAUUUAAAAGCAGCUUCUUUCUGCCUUUCUAUUUCUCCCAAAGACUAGAGUAUAAGGGGACAGACAGCAUGUUUGCCAGAUUUAUAGAGGACAUAGAAAUAGAAAGUAUAUAUCCAGUCUGUUGACUGGCAGACUCAGGACUAAUUUCUCCAAUGAAUAUUCAUUGAAUUCUAUGUACUGACACUAAGACAUGGAAAUCAUUACAGUUUUUAAAAAUACCUGAACUUAAGAUUGAAACUAAGAGGAUGAAAUUGAAUAGGCAUUAAUGAGAAACUCUAUAUGAGUUUCUUAAGUGCAACCCUCAUGCACUUACAGAGUGGUGUACCUAUGUGUGUGUUUGUGAUGUGUGUGUGGAUGUGUGUGUUAAGGGGGAGGGUGUUGGAAAGUCCUGGUUUCACAGCAGUUCAUGUGGGAAUUUUGUGGUCAGUCCAUGUCUGGAUGGAAAGUUGGGUUCAGUCCUGGUUCAGUAUUUUAAGAGAUACAUUAGUAAAUUAGUUGUAUUCAGAGGCAGAUGGCCAGGGUUGUGAAGAGUCUGAUUAUAUAAGGAACAAGGGACUAGUUCUCCUGAAGAACAGACAAUAUAGCUGGAAAGGGAGUGCAGAAGAGUGGGAAAUGAUAUAAUUGUCUUGAAAUUUUUGUUGAGCUAUAAAAAGGGAAAGGAAUUAGAUUUACUCUGAGUAGCCUCAAAGGGCAAAAAUAGGAACAAGGAGAGACUUUACAGAUGACAGAUGGUUACUUCAAUAAGAUAAAAAAUUUUUUUAAUAAGAGUUGUUCUAAAGAAGAAUGGACUCAAGUAGUAAAAUUUCCUGUUGCUGCAAAUGCCCAAAGGUUAAAAUAACAUCUAUCCCAGAGGCUACAAAAGGGACUCUUACAUGGGAUUUCUGCUAGGUGGUGACUACCAAGAUCCCUCUACAUACAGCUUUAGUCAUAAUAGUAAUAAAACUCUCUAACCCUCCUUGUUUUUUCUGUGAUAAGUGGUUUUUUAUGCUCUUUGAAGUACAGUGGGGUUCCCCAGAGGUCUUUGUCAAGUGAGGACUCCGAGGCAUAGCCCUUCCCCUGUUGUAGUAAACGCACAUGGGAUUCCUCACAGAAACAUCACGAUGGAUUGACAAGUUGGCAGGGUGAAAGUCAUUCAGCACCUUCCUUACCCAAGGCUAGCACCUGCGUACCUUCUCGAUUUCUGUCUCACCUGCUAACAUCACACGUAUUGCCUGUUGGACCUUUCUUUGCCUCUUGGUUACUUCCCAUUGACUCUGUGCUUUUACCUAGGCAUUUUUUUUUUAACCCGGAGUUGAGAAGAGCCCUCCCAUGCUAUCUACAUUCAGCAAAAAAAAUUAGUCUUUAAAAACCUACCACCUUGACUUCAUAAGUUUGCUUUUCCUCUACUGUUUUUGGGAAAGUGAUUAGGGGUAGGCAUUUAGGAUCUUGGGGAAUAUAAAACUAUGUAUUUUUAGACCUAGUGUUUGCAUAGAAAACACAGUUGGGCAAAUUGCCUUUUUGAUAUACAGAUUUUAAGUUUGCCUCCCUGGAUCUGGAUUGUGUGUGCAUGUGUGUGUCUGUGUGUGGUCGGAAACAAUCCUUGUCCACAUUAGGAAUAAUGUGAAGAUAUUUAAAGUGAAUUCAUCCAUCAUUACAUGAUAGUACUAUUAGAACAUAAAUGAGAUGUUACAUGAUAUCAGGAGUUGUGCUUUGUUUUGAGUCCAGUGGUUUACUUUGUAACUUUAUAAUAAAAGAGGAUAAGAAAUGUAGUCAUUAUCAUAUGUCAAAACAAAAGGCUGUAAGACGCCUUGUGGGGGGCCAUUAAACCCCUCUUGUAAACAGCACUAGUUGGUCUUUAUCAAAAUUUUGCAUUUCACUUAAUAUUAAGUAUUAUCUAGACAGUUAUUUUUAAUUUAGUUCUUUUUCUCCCUCUCUGCCUUCCUGCAUCAUUAGCAGAGCUCAUAACCCUUGAGAACAUUUUUUAUGUGAAGUAUUUCUUAUUAGAAAUGAGAAUAAUUUCUAUUCAAAUCUAGUAAGUAAGGGCAGGAGUUUAUUUCCCUAGAAAUUCACAUUCCCAAGAAAUGUGAUCCAUGAGGGCAAGGAAUAUAUCUUAUUCUUUGUUUCCAGUAUCUAGCACAAAGCUUGGAAUGUAAUAGACUUCAGCCACCUUAAAUCCUUGCUGAUAAGACAAACACAUAUUAUUGAAAUAAAAGGAAAUUAUUAGGUAUCAGUGUUUUCUGAGCAACUAUGGACCCUGAGAUCCUUAAGAAUACAUAAAAAACCCUUAGCUAUUAUGAAAUUCUUCUGUGAACGCAAGCUAGCAUCCCUUUAUUUCCCAGAGGACUUAAAAAUUUUUUCUUUCCUUUUAUUCCUGCCUCCACCGUCAACUAAUGGUAACAGUCAGCAUGUAAGCACUUAACUGCCAUGGAAUUUAAACUACUAUGUACCUGAAUAUUGAAAAACAUUUUUGUGUCCAAAGAUACAGUAAGUAGCACAGAUGCUGUCCAUAGUCAAGACGAUUGGUUCAGUUUAUUCCUACAAGUCAGACAGAUCUGUGGGCCUGAGCCUUGCAUAUUUGCAUGGUCAGCAGAAGAAAGCAUUUGAGAGCGUACCUGGCCAGUCUCAGUGUGCUAGAUCUAUUUUCCCCAGCAUUAACCACUGACCCAUGUUACUGUAUAUUCAUUUUGUCACCAUACUAAGGUGGAGGUCUUUGAUAGUAAGGCUGAAAAUUGUGGAAUGAAAUCAUGAUAUCAGAGCUGCUUUAAGUCUCAGAAUAAGUUAAUGAUGGAAAAGCAGAGAAUGGCCUGAAAUCGUUUCUUAAAAGCCUUGGGAAUAUUGAAUUGAUUUGAGUAGGAAGCACUGGCUGUCUCCAGCCUACUUUUAGAAAUUCUCCCAUUUGGGAAUUGCAAACUUCAACUCUUCCACAAAUGAUGAUAUUAAGUUAAUUCUAGGAUCUCUAUAGAGUUUAGGUCAUGUUAAGAAUGCAAUUUAACAGGAAAUUCAAACAACACUGGUAAGUUAAAUCCACAAAAAAUACCAUCCAGUAGACAAAUCAUCUCUAACACUUCGCUGUAAGUCCCAUCUGAACCUAACACCUCUUUAUAUAAAAUUAGUCCUGGUAUCUUCACCAGGGUCUAAAGAUGUUUUCUAAAUAUUACCAAUGUCUGCAUGCCAGUGUCACAAAUCACCAUUUCUUCAUUUCAUUCUUUGUAAAUGAAACUUUCUUUGGAUAGUGUGACUCAUAUGUAUGUAUUUAAGGUAUUAAAAGUGAACAGUAUGUAUAAGGUCAUAAAUAUGGCAAAUAAAUGCAUGGAUCAGUAAUAUUUUCCCAUACAUUAGCUAAAGCAGGAAUACAGAGUGUUUACAUUUCUUCUCAUGUGCCUUAGCCAAUCUGAUUCAGAGUCGAGUCCUUUGUUUUGGAGGGGGAAAAAAAAAAGAAUUGGAGGGAAAAAAUACCUCCAAAUUUGGAAUUCCACGCUUAUAUUCCAGAAACUGUCUAUAGUAAUGUGUUUGAUGGUGUGCCUGGAGAGGGGCAAGUGAUACCUGUACUGUAUGUAAUGAAAAUCUAUUAAAGAAAACUCAAAAAAUGAUUUUUGAUAUGAAACAAUAAAGUAUAGAGGGAUGGCAGAAACAUCACUGGCCACUGAACCUGAAAAUACUUGAACUGGAGGUCAUCCCCUACAAGUAAGGAGCUCUAGGAAAACUAAAAGACUGCUUAGAUGGGAUAAACAAUAGAAUUAUUUCAAUUCAGUGGGUCUAUUCUGGCCAAGGUGCUGUGCCAACAGCCAGCUUCCCUACAGGGAGCCAAGGCCAAACACAAGGACGUUGAGGAUUGUUGAUGUUAACUCAUUGGUGGGAAUGCCCUUUAUCAAGGGAAAACUUGGAUUUCUAUGAAUCUUUAAAGGAUAUAAUCACGGAAACAUUCACCAUGUUAAGUGACUCGCUGUUUUCCCAGUUGAGCUUCACUGACCUCAGCUAAAAAUGUGAGGAAGCUGGACUACUUGUUCCCUCAGGGCCUUUGCAGCUCCAGUUUUAUAUUUUACAAAAUAUCCUUUGGUGCCACUGUCUGUGAUAUUUCAUGUCAAUAGGAUUCUUCAUAUAGACUCAAGAACCAAGAAAUUUGAAAUGUGAAGAUGGGGAAGUUCAGCUAGCCCAUCUUUUUCCAUUUCAUUUCUCUGUCCUUUAACAUCUGCCCAGAUAACAGAAGCAGAAAACUCUGCAACCUUCUAUUUUAUAGUUGCCUUCAAAACAGAUAAAAAUGGAGGACAGAGAAUGGCAGAGGUCAGCAGGGACACUGCUCUGGACGUCCCACUGGCGCCACCCAGGACAGCCUGGUGUGAGUGUGAAGAGGAACAGAAAGACCUCCAAAAGGAUGUUAGGAUUUGGUUUCCACUUGAAGCAGAUGUAGGUCUAACCCUCCAAGAAACUGAGAGGCCACGUUAUCCUUUUGUACAAAAGACUACAGAAAGUCAGUGAGGGAAGAACACUCAGUAAUGUUCUGAGACUAUUUGUGAUACAGUAUGGCAAACCCAAAAUAAGAGAAAGGGUCAUUCCUCUAACCUCAUUGUCUCCUAGUAACAUGAAAAUGUAGUUAAAAAUUUGUUUAUAUGUGUACAAACUACAAAAUAGCAUCUCCUUUGUGAUAUGUGCUAUGUAUGACAGUAUGAUUUUCGUUUCUUGUACUUAAGAGUUGGUCAAAUGUAAUGGCUCAAUUCCAACUGGGCAGAUCAAGGAAUUCCAGCAUCGUUUUCCUGUUCUGUCCCGUGCUCUGCGUCAGAUCAAACCCUCAAUGCUAGCUGCGGACACCAACCAGCCACAUGCUGACUGAAGCCUUGAGCACCACCUCCUGGUCUCUGCGUGCUUCAGGAUCACUGACCACACGUGGUAUCCAAGGGAGCAGUUCUGGGAAGGCAAAUGUGCUGUGAGAUCCUAAUAGUAACCUAUUGGUUUAGGGUUUUGAAGUAUGGGGAUGAUAGAAGGGAAAAGUAUGAACUCCUCUGACUCUAAGCCAGCAUUCAUUUAACCUGUCUGCCUGCCAACAGAACCUGGAGAAAACGUUACCAUAUUCAAGAAAUUAAAUAGAAUCAGUGUUUCAGCCAAGGGAGUGAUAAAAGAGCACUCUGCCUUCAUCCUCGAUUUUUGUAAUGUCCGUAAGUGAAUUUCAAUGUAUCAGGAUGGAUGGACCCAAGAUCCAGUGAGUGAUUCAGCAGAUCCAAGGCUUGUAUUUUCCUUCCUUCAUCAUCCAUCAUUUGAUGUAACUUCUUGUGCUAUUGUGAUUAAAGUUAUGUAAAACCAGUUUACUUUUUUAAAAAAAGAGUAAUAUGUGCCUCUGUAAUAAAGUCUACACACUGGCUAACUCUG